AUGAUUAGAUUUGACGUUGAGGACAGUGAUGAAGGUUUAGGAAAUAGGAUUAACGAGGCCUUUAUCAGUGUCAUGAAAGAUUUCCCCCCGCUGCCUAAAGAUUUUAACCUAUCGACUGACAAUGAUGAACCAAUUAGCGUCUCAGAAACAACAGUGGAGCGGCUACUACGUGCAAUCAGUGUUUCCAAAGCUAGCGGUCCUGAUGAACUCCCCAAUUGGGUUCUAAAGAGCUUUUCUGACAUUCUGGCACCUGCAAUUACUGAUAUAUUUAACGCAUCCUUCCGUGAAUGCAAGGUGCCGAGG